GUGCCUAGCAUUUGACUGAAUCAACGUUGAGUAGUGCUGCUGUUUGGCCAGUGAAAUGGCAGAAGAGAAAGAGGAGAGUACAAAUUUGUAAUGGACAAAGUCCGCCCAGUCCUUGGUCUUGCGCCACAGGCGUUCGGCUGCCCGGGAACAAGAGCGAAGGUAGCGGAGGAAAGAGCAGGUUCAAGUGUGACGUCCACACCCACUUUCUUCCAUGGGUGCUCAGAGGCCUCUCAUUGUACCCUGGCUAGUGGAACAGUUGAACGCUGAGCGAUACCCAGGGGUGUCGUGGCUGAACCAAGAACGGACCCGGUUCCGAGUGCCAUGGAAGCAUGGGUCUCGGCAGAGCGUCAGCUCUGAGGAUUUCCAGCUCUUCGAGGAUUGGGCCAUUGCCAGAGGCCGCUACCGCCCCGGGGUGGACAUACGGACCCCUUCGGACUGGAAGAGAAACUUCCGCUCUGCCCUGAACCGAAAGGACGGGAUCAACGUGAUGCAGGAUAACAGUACAGACUCGGAAGAUCCCCACAAAGUGUUUGAAAUCCUGCCGAACGCUGCACAUCUCAAUGGCGCUGCUCAGGGGGCAGCAAACGCAGCGGGCGGUGAUGUGCCCCCUAUCCCAGCUGCCAACUGGGGGGCGUAUGCAGACAGUCAGUCUUCUAGCCAGGACGAAACACUGGAGAGCGUGCUGAGUUCCCUGGAUCUCUCCAGCACCACAGAAGCAGAAAAUCCCGUUUGGUGCGGAGGCCUAUCCCCAUCCGACUUCCAACCAGCUCUUGCCACGGUCUCGGUGACACAGUUGGAUCAAAUCUUGGGAACCCAUGAGUUUGUGCCAGGAGAGGAAAAUGCUGUCUGCCUUCCCCCAUCCAGUUUGGAGCCAGUUCCACCCACAGACAUGAUGCUGCCAUUGCAACAGCUCUUAGGGGCCAAUGAAUUUGACACAGAUUUUGAGGUAAAGGUCUAUUACCGGGGUCGUAUGGUCCUCUCCAACAUCUUCAGCAACGUCCGGGGCCUAUGCUUUGUGCCUCCCGGCUCCCCUGGCCACUGUCCCGAUCUGGCGGACGUGGUACUGCCCGACCUGGAUAUCUUGAAUGACCAGGUGCAAGUGUCUUACACACGGCGCCUUCUGCAAGGGGUGGUCCCCGGGGUGAUCCUCCGUAUUGAGGGAACGGCGCUGUGCGGCACUCGCCGAGGCCCUUGCCACGUCUACUGGAGCCAGUCCGAGUUGCCUGAAGACAGGACGUUGUCCGGAGAGCUACCGAAGGAACACUUGGGCCCCAUCUCCUACCUGCAGCAGUUUGUGCAAGAACUGAUCGGAUUCAUUCAGGGACAGAACGGCUCCCCUAAUUACACCCUGUGGUUUUGCUUUGGGGAGGAGUGGCCUGACCCACAUCGCACCUGGAAGAAAAAACUGAUCAUGGUAGAAGUCGUCCUCAAGACUUUAGAGACUCUCUGUGAAUUGAGCAAGGCCUCAGGGGCGUCCUCGUUAAACGGAGGUGAGCCAGACCUAAGGAUUUCGGACCCACACCAACAAUCCCGCUUUUUGGAGCAACUGCGAGAAUGGGGAGAGAGAAUGGAGGUGCAGUACAGCAACUAGCCACGAAACACAUCUGCUCCCCACUCCCACUUCAUUGAUGGGCGGACUCGGCCCUCUUUUGAAUUUUGAAUUCUGUGCUGCGGCAGAAACGGCGUUUCCCCUUCUGCCUUGCCCAAGACGGGGUGAAGACAGACAGCUGAGGAGCAGCCCCCUCCUGCGGCGCCGGUCGCUGUUCCCAUGUAGGCACCUUCCGGUGGGGAAGCGGAUUGACUCAGUCGGGUUGAAUGAGCAUCUAGGAUAUGCGGAGGACGUUCAGUGUUCAAAACAAAACAAGAAAUGGCUUCAGAGCUUUUCUGUUUCUGUCCUUGUUGAUCUUGCUACCUGCAGUCACAUUGUAAACGGCACAACCCAAUCCGAAGCAGAAGCAGGACAAAACUGAAUUCAUUUGACCUUUCCUGGUAAAGCCCACUCUGGGUAGUCAACUCACGCCUAUUAGGAAUAACACUUUUCCCUACUUUUGCA